CCUUGCAUCUCAGGCCGGCUCUUCUGCUGCUGCUCCUGCGUCGAAGCGCCUUGUUGGGCUCCAGAGAGCGCUCUGCCUCUGCUCCAGAGAAGCAGCAGCCGCCUGGAGCCGAGGCUUCUUCUCGCCCCGUUGCGGCGGCUGAUGGGCUCCUUCCAUCCAGAGGCCGGCAGCUGCAGCCCCGUCGGAGUCCAGGUGGACAACAUUUCUUCCAGUGAUGUUUCAUUAAUGGCUUGAUAUCUGUGGACUGAACAGAUUUAUACACGAUGGAAACUACAGAUGGAGAUGACUGGACAUCAAAGCCUGAGGAUAAAGAUCCACCCCCUAGCCCAUAUUCUGUUGAAACACCUUAUGGCUUCCAUUUAGAUCUUGAUUUCCUCAAAUAUGUAGAUGACAUUGAAAAAGGAAAUACCAUAAAGAGAAUUCAAAUUCACAGGAAGACAAAGUACCCAAAAUUUAGCACACUGCCUCGGAAUUUCAGUCUUCCAGAAAAUGGAUCCAGGGCCCGAAAUAAGAACUUCCUCACACAAAGAAAGGCUUCUUUAGGUGCAGAUGAAAGCACCCACCCAGUCACACCUACUGACUCAACACCUUUUUCAGGUAUUUCAAAUGAGCCAAGCUAUAGAAGGAAGGCCCUCAUAAUAGAGACAACGAGACAAGACCCCGUGAAGCUUGCAGAGGAGAUUGGCAGCUGUAGAGGGAGGCCUCAACUUUUGAGAGCAUCUAGUAUGCCUGCCACACUUCCACCCAACCAAAAUUCAGAAGAAGAAACUCCAUUAACAUUUCUUCAGUCUUGUGAUGCAAAAAGCUUAGAAAACAGCUUUAGCCCUGUAAAGGAAUCACUGGAAUCUGAGAGCUCUAAAGGAGUUUCCUUAAAAACUCCUGAUGGCUUGAGGACUGUGAAACAGAAAAUCAGUAAGCCGGUCCCAGAUACUGAGAGGGAAAAGGUUCAGUUUGGACUCAAUGAGAAGCAAGUAGUGAAGGAGAGAAUGCAUCCUAGUGCUUCGUGGGAAGGUCAGCCAUUUGUAUCUCAAGAAUUGCUUGUGGUUGCAGAAAGUGGAGAAGAAGAAUGUGAUACAGCGGAGAUGAAUACCUGUCCACCUCCAGUCCAAAGUGAAUCAAGCUCUUCCAUGACCUUAGAGUACAGGUUUGAAAACCAGAUCCCUGAAGAAAUAGAACUCAGCAUAUGUGAAACUGUUCCAGAAGUACUGGAGGAGGGUGAAGUUGCCAGUCCUGGCAUGAGACAAAUGGAAGAAAGCUCAAAUCUCAACUGUUUGCCUUCUGAAGAACCUAGCAACAUUAUAGCCUUAAAGCAGCAUAUUGCCAUUCUGGAGGAACAGCUGAACAACAAAACAGAAGAACUUGCACAGAUCAGAGUAGUUUUGAAGGAGCAAGAUAAGGAGAUCAAAGCAAAAGAGAAGAGCAUUGAAAUGCUGGCAAGCUCCAAAGCUCAGUUAGAAGAGAAACUCUGUGGGGAGAGUACUAAAGAAAGAAGAUCAUAUACCACAGCCAAAAAUGUCCUCCAGUACCAUGAUGCUGCUGUGAAUACUGAGCUUGUACAUGAAAAGGUAGCUAAGGAGGCUUAUGACAAAGGAGUUAAUGUAAGCCUCACUGUGCCUAUUGAAUCAGUAGGAUGUGAUGUCUGUGAAGCUGACAAUAGGAAUUUACAGGUCAAAGAAAUGCAUAGAAAGCUGUUCCAUGUACCUGAUGAGAUGACAAACGUGCCUGUUUGUAUUCAAGAAAAAGACAGUCCAUCUUUUCAGAGACAGAAAGAAAUGAAACAGGAUAAUGACAGUUCGACUCUUGAACUAAGCUACAGUGAGCUUAAGAUUGAUGAACACACUGCUAAUGACAAAAGUGAGAAGAAAGCAUACAAUAAUGUCAGUAGAGGAGAAAGCUCUUUGAAUGUUGGAACCACUGACUCAACUGCAGGAAGAAAUGAACAUAAUUUUCAAGGAGAUAUUAGGCAAGAUUCAACUGAGGAAGGAAAUAACUCAGAACCAAAGAAAGUCACUGCAGACCCUUCUGUGAGCCAAUAUGUAAAAAAAAUCCAGGACCUUUUACAAGAGCAGUGGAUGUGUCUAGAACAUGGGUAUCCGGAACUAGCCAGUGCAAUUAAACAACCUGCCUCAAAGCUCAGCUCCAUCCAGAAUCAACUUGUAAACUCUUUGAAUUUACUACUUUCAGCCUACUCGACACAAACACCAACAGACAAAGAGAAUUCCAACACACAGUAUCAACAGUUGGAAAUCUCUCCAAGCACAAGUCUUAAAUCUAUUAUGAAAAAGAAAGAGGCUGGUUACCAUGCAGGAGGUAACGGCACGAAAAAGAACCUCCAGUUUGUUGGGGUAAAUGGUGGUUAUGAAACAACAUCCAGUGAAGAUUCAAGUUGUGAAGAGACCUCCUCUGAAGGGAAUUCAGAUAGUGAGACAGAGAGAAAAUAUGGCAGUGAAGAGCAUAGAUGGAGGGAAGAUGAUGGUGAAGGCGAUGAAAAUGCAUCUGGAACUUCUCAGUGUGCAAAGCAUGAAGACACUGAUACAAAAGAACUGGAGGAAACCUUCAGAGGAAGCAUGCAGUCACACAAGGCAGAAAGAUUUAAACCCUCCACAGAUUUUCUGAAAGGUUGUCAGAUCUUAAGCAAACACAUGCCAGAAAUAAGAAACACAAAGGACAAGUUAUUGAGGCAUGUUUUGAGCACCAUCAGCCAGGAGUGGUUCCGCAUCUCAAGCAGAAAAUCAUCCAGCCCUGAAAUAGUUGCUGCUUACCUCCGAGAAGUUGAAGCAAUUCAUCCCCAGCUUCAAAAUAUAAUUGUAAAUUUAGCGGAUGGAAAUGGCAAUACAGCACUUCACUAUAGUGUUUCUCAUUCCAAUUUUCAGAUUGUGAAACUUCUUUUAGAGACAGGUGUCUGUGAUGUGGACCAUCAGAAUAAAGCUGGUUAUACAGCAGUAAUGAUUACACCUCUAGCAUCAGCUGAGACUGAUGAAGAAAUGGAAGUGGUUACAAAGCUUUUGAGAGAAGGCAAUGUUAACAUAAGGGCAAGUCAGGGAGGACAGACUGCCUUAAUUCUGGGAGUGAGCCAUGAUAGAGAAGAUAUGGUUAAAGCCUUGCUGUCAUCUGGUGCUGAUAUAAAUCUCCAGGAUGAUACCGGCUUGUCACCACUAAUGGUUGCUUCUCAGUAUGGCAAUAUGGAUAUAGUAAAGCUUCUCUUGGAUCAUCCAGGCUGUGAUACUACACUAAAUGACAAGGCUGGAAAUUCUGCUUUGUCCAUGGCUUUGAAAUCUGCCCACGUAGAAAUUGCAGAGAUCCUCCAAUCCCACAAACAGCACAGUUGGCCUCUGAAUACAUAAAAGGAAAUGGGAAAAGGAUAUCUGCAGAAAUGAGAAACUGAUAUUAAAAGACUCAUUCUUUUAGCCGACAUAUAACCAAUUUGUAUGCCAAUGAUCAUAGCUGAUGACUGCUGAUGUAUCUACUUAAGGAAAGGAGGGAUCAUAUCAGAUAUUUGAAUACAUUUUGAAUAGAUGAGUGAUUCCCUUAAGUCUGCUUCUUAAUCUAUAGCUGUUAGCACAAAUGAUCCUUAGAUUAUUGCAUUGCCUUUACUUAUAUUCACUGUACUUACAGAGGUCUCGUGUCUUGUUAAACAGUAGUAGCUUUGAGCUUAUUUUUAUUUCUCAAAGCAUAACUUUUGGAUAAGCCCAGAGAAGAGAUUUACUAGACUGUGAGGAUAGUUCUUUGUUUUUUAAUCACCCAGUGGCUAUAUAAGGGCAAAGUGCUUUCAGAAAUCAAGCUAAGCCAGAGUCACUGAAGAUGUAGUUACAUGGGGUGAUUGUGAGAUGCGUAAAGUAUGAAGUCAUCUGAUAUCAAGAUAAAGCUAGACAUAGAUGCCUUUUUGAUGAGUAAAUUCUGUUUUCAUUCCUUUCUUACUGAUCCCACUGUUUUUCUAUUAAAGGGAAUGCAAAAAGUACCCAUCCUUCUCCGUACCAUGCAAGAGCAGAUGAUCACAUUAGGAACAAGGGAAAACUACUAGUACAGUACCACUAGUUCUUAUAGGAGCUGCCAGACUGAAGUCGUAGAACAUGUUCCCAGUAUUAUUCCAAGGGCCUUGAGUAAUACCAGUUGUGCUGAAACCCACACCUAGGAGCCUAAACAAUACUUGAGAGUCGGUUGGAUCACAGAAGGGACUAGGAUCUGAAAAAGGUGUCCCCUCCAGCCUUCUUCAUUUCUUCAUUGUUCCAGAGGCUUUCUCAACUUUCUGGAAUAGUAGUGUGUGUGAUAGUUGAAAUCUAAAAGUUUCCAUUCCAUAAACAGAGAUUUCUUUCAUAAAGAUAUUUCCAAUUCAUGCCAUGGCAUGAAGUAGUUUUUAAAAACCACUAAUGUGUAGAGUUAUUAGUUAUUUUAUAGCUGACUGAGAUCCUGCAUCAUCACUUUCUGCAUGAUGGAAUUAUACCCUGCUCUCCCACUUCCUGUAAGGACACUCACCAGUCACCUAUGGUUUAAUGUCUUGGCCAUUUGGUGGCUACAGAGUGGCUGGGGGUAAUCACACGGCAUUUUUCAAUGUUCUUGUGGCUGGCCACACAACAGUAUUGUUCCAUAACCCCCCCCCCCCAAGAUAAUCUCUAUGUGUCAUGCAUCAAUGUGUAUGAACACAGGAACAUGUAGGAACAUAGCAAGAGUGUGUCUUGCACACUCCACACAACCAUUAAAUGUCUGGGGUGGGGCACAGAGGAGAGGUGAGUUGAAUUGUUAGGGGAUCAUUGCACAAGGGAGCUAAUGAAUAUCACUCCCUGCAAUAAACUUUAAAAGAAAUAUAUACGCAUAAGUGCAGUUGAAAUCAGUGUAUGUCACCAACAGGAUGUCAGCCAAUUUUAUGGUACUUGUUAGUUCACGGGUAAUUCAAUAGUAAUGUUUUACUUUUUAAAAAAUACUUAAAAAUAAACUGAAAUGGCCAAAAUUCUCUACCCCCAACCCAACUUUCUAAAAGGGAUAAAUGAACAUUAUUCAUGAAACUGAUUUUAUUCAAAGUAAUAGCACAGGUCCUUUUGUAGCUUUGCACAAAUAAUAUUGUUGUUCCCUCUUACUCUUUUCAAAAGUAACACAUUCUAUGAAUAAUAUUCAUGUAUGUAACAUGUUACUAGUAAGCACAGCUUUUCUCUGGUCUCCAGAUCAGCCAUUUCUAUGAGAUGUGUCUUUGAGUUCAUUAUGGUGUAUGUUUGCUUGCCCUUGCUAGGGAAGGGUUGUACAAUGCACAGCUUGUUGAUAGCAUGUCAUACAUUGUCCAAGAAGGGGAUGGUACAGAGCAUUCCAAUAUAGGUGCUGACACUGGUACAUCAUCUCAUUGGACCAGGCUUUGAACCAUAAUUUUGCUUAGAAAUGGAAAGUCCCACAUAAUCUCUUAUAGCAUAUGUUUUUUCCAGUUUGGCUACAAGCACAGUAGUAAAGCAAUAUUUUUUGAAAAAAUGUUUUUUUUCUAACUUUAAAAAACAAGUGUUAUUUGUAAACAGCUCUCUCAAAGCAUGCCUUAAUUAAAUUGUAAAUUGUAUUGUGCUAUUUAUUGACUACUGUAAGUUAGCAAUUAUUCAGUAUACAUCAACAAAUAUAGAUUGGAUAGAUUAUGCUAAAACAUUCUCAACUGAGUUUGGUUUUUAUACUAGCAUAAUUGAAAGCUAAUUAUUUCGAUCAAGAUGUGCAGAAAUAAACUGGGAUCAACUGGAAAGUCACCAUUGGCCCUUAGAUCCUACACAGGUAAAGUGCUAUAAUUUCCCUUUAACUGCCAUGCCAAUGUCCUAUGGAACACUAGUGUUUUUUUAAUUUAAGGAGAAGCAUAUAGUAUAAGUAUUUUCAACCAGAGGGUUUCACAAAUGUUACACUAAACUACAGAUCACAGAAAUCCAAAGGGUGCAAUGGAUUAUAGCAUUUUAAUUGUGUGGUGUGAGAGAAUCCUAAGUGAUUUUCCAGAGAUCCGCAUGGAGUUUAACACUAGUGAUAGUAAUGACAGCAAUAACAUUGCUGAUUGUUUUAAGUUUGGAGAAAAUGGGGAAUAGAUUAGUGUGCAAAAUUGCAAUUUGGGUACUAAAUAUCAUUUUCUGGGCUGAGCAUGCCCAACCUCUUCUACAAUUAUGUGUCCAUCUUCUAGAGACCCUUCUUUGUACAUAACUCUGGGUCUUGAUGUUUCAGAGAAAAAUUAAAUCAUACCAAUAAAUCUAAAGUCUGUCUACCCUUGAUUGAGAAAAACAGUUGAAUGUAUCAGACCCAAAGGUAUACAUAUAUACACAAACACAACAGCCUAUAUCUUCAUAAAGCCCAGAUACGAUAUUUUUCUAUCACUUUGGAAUUACCAUAGAUAUUGUUCUCUCGUGUUUCCCUAUUGAAUAUGAAUUAACCAGCCAAGCUGAAACUUUUGAAGUGACUCUUCUCACUUGAAGUUUAUUCUCAGUGGAAACAUUGUGAUAUGAUAUGCUGCCUUUUUGUGUUGAGUGAAGCACAAAGAACAAAAUGACUGUCAUAAACUUGUUGUGAGAAUUAUCAUUGUCUGAGAUAUUUUCAUAAUUGGGUUAUGUAAUGCUAUUUCUCAUUAUGGCUUCAUAUGGACGAUUCCUUUUGGGCAAACAUCUGUUCCCUGGUUUCAUCAGGCUUAACUGCUGGAAAUCCCAAACCUGGGAGAUGGAAAUCUGUUGUAGUAAUUGAGCUGCCAUAUUGUUCCAUUUACUGGGUAACCUUCCAACCACAGAAUAACCAAACUUCUUCCGUAGGUCUGGCAGCCUUCCUGAACACGCUCAAAAUGCACACAGAAGUCAAACCGUCCUCGAUUUUCCAUUGUUCAAGAACAUUCUGUAGGCCAAGAAUUGCACAACCAUUCUCAUUAGAGCCUCCUCCUUUUUGUUUUGUAAACUAUUUUGUUAAACUGAUCAUCUAAUUUAAAUUUCAUGAUUAUAAUAUCUGGUUUGUAAAUGCCAUGCUUGAAGCCAGAUAAUUUGGUGGAUGGGAUGCAUGUCAAGAUCUCUCUUGCUUAACAUUUUGAAUGGUGUUUGCUGGAAGGAUUGUUUCACAGUCACCUAUUGUUUUAUGCAAAUAAAUAAAAGUAGUUACAGUGCUAUAUGCAAACAA